AUGGGGAAUGGGUCAUUUGACGAGGGUCCAGCACCUCAGGUCCUAGGAUGCCGGCUUGGAUCAACUUGUCCAUACCUUCAUGAUGCCUCGGCUCUAGAGUCUAAUCGGACUCCGUCGGAACAUCAGACACCCACUCAACCUUUGGGUGGUGAUACUGAAACUCCAGUCCAGGAGAUAGUCGCCGAUGCCCAGAAGCUGAAAAUCGGUGGAAAGUCGAAGAGCUCUGCCGCUUCGGCACCAGGCCAGCCCCAAAGACCGGUUUCCAAACUGGAGCAAUCAGACCCAAGAGAGUUCCAGAUCAACCAAUUGAGGCGGCGUUACCGCCCACAGGAGACCAAUGACGGCCGAGGCUCUAUCUUGACCUUUGGAUUGGUUCCCUCGGAUCCUGAUUUCCCAUUCGAGCUGGAGAGACUUCAAUGUGUUCUUCAUGUCCCGAGCUCGUAUCCCAAUGGGCGGCCUACGCUUACAGUGACCAAUUCUGAAAUGGAAGCUGCAUAUCAAGCCAAUAUUGCGAGGGGAUUUGACGAUAUUGUCGAUUUCACAAUCCGAACCAAUAACCGGGGAACACUACUAACCUGGCUGAACAGCUUGGACAAGCAGCUUGAGAAGCUGCUGACUAGCCUGGAGCGCGGGCCAACGCUGAAGUUCUUCUCGAACGUCGGUGAUGCCACUGCUACAAAAGAACCCACAAAGGGCCCAGAAAAAACUUCAGAUCAGAGCUCAUCGCAGGUAAACGCGAAAGCAUCAACUGUUCGUGCUAAAAAGCCGACUGUGGCACCACAAGCACGAAAUACAGCUCCCAAACUCUCGGCCGAGGCGAAAGCUGCGGCUGAGAAGAGGCGAGCACUCGAGACAAAACAACUCGAGGCACGUCUUGGGAGGAUUCCUAUGUUCCAAAAGAUGCAAGAUGGGAGAACAUUCAUUAUUCCUGUCCAGCCAAUUAAAAAAGAUGGUCUUCCUAGAGCACUUCAGGCACUCAAGACUGUGAAGCUGCAUGUUCCAACCCUCUACCCGCUCGAGCACAGCUCGAUUAUACUGCAGGGAGUCGAUGGCCCAGAGGCGAAAGCUACAGAGACAGGAUUCUCGCAAUGGGUUGAACAGACCUCGCAGCUGAAUCUGGUUUCCCAGAUCAACUACCUGGCAAGCAACAUGCACAAAUUCGCUGAAACACCUCUGCCAGGAGAGGAAGAGCCCGGUGAAGCUAUUUCUUCUACCGCCGAAGAAGAGGAAGACGAAGUGGAAGAGCUCACACAAGCUGAGCCUUCAACCCAAGACUCAGAAGAUCGACCCCAUCUCCAUGUCAUUCCUCGGCCACCAGAGUGGUCAGUCCCAGACCCGCACAGUGGCGCCGAGGAAACAACAGAUGAAUCAAGCUAUGAAGAAGACGAGUACUCAGAGGAAGAGGAAGACGAGGAAGGAGGCGCGCCUGUACCCCCAUCACUGGAUACCAGCACGCCCGGACGAGGUGUCGCGCUUUCAUUCCCAUUCCUGGAGCUUUAUGGCAUCGAGUUGUUGGAGCUCACUACUCUCAAUAUUACCGUGAAGUGCGAUCGAUGCAAGACUUCUGCUGAUAUAAAGAAUGUGCCUCAUGUUAGCGAUGAGAAGGGCGCGAUGCCAAAAAUGGAAUCUUGCAAGAAGUGUGCUAAUAAUAUGAGUGUUGCGUUCCGGAGACAGUUGAUGCACACUCAUGCCAAUCGCGCUGGUUAUUUGGAUAUGGAUGGCUGUACUAUUGGCGACAUGCUGCUAAGUAACUUCAUCCCAACAUGUGCAGAAUGCUCAACCGCACAUCCAGCACCUGGUGUAUCUGCCGUUCGCGGAGAGAGUGCCAUGGCCAUUUGCCGGGAUUGCCAUCGCAAGAUGGUCUUCAAGAUCCCCGAAGUGAAGUUCCUGCUCGUGGGAAGUGCAGCCAUCUCUGCUCACGGCGCUCUCCCUCUCAAAAGAAAGCCCAAGGAAGUCCUCGGUAUCGUCGCAGGACAAGAACUCCCCAGACGUGGUCGCUGCCAGCACUAUGCCAAAAGCCAACGCUGGUUCAGAUUCAGCUGCUGCGCAAAAGUUUUCCCAUGCGAUAAAUGCCACGACGCCGAAACCGACCAUCCAAAUGAACACGCAAACCGCAUGAUCUGCGGUUACUGUUCACGAGAACAAGUCUACAGACCUGAGAACUGUGGAAUCUGUAAAGCGAUUCUCAUUGGAAAGGCUGGUAGUGGGUUCUGGGAGGGCGGAAAGGGAACGAGGAAUCGGGCUCUGAUGAGUCGGAAAGUUUAA